UCCCUCCCUCCCUCCCUCCCUUCGUUCCUUCCUUCCAUAGGAAAAGCAAAAAAGAAGAGCCCCAGAUGUCUAAAACAUAGUGAUUUUGUUUUUUGUUCAGUUAAUGACUGGAGAUGCAACUGCAUUGCCGCACCCAGACAAGAUAUGCAUGAUCUGAACGCUGAAAAUUAAGCCAAAUAACAUCUUCCAUACCCAUGCAGAAUUCCUGUUCGACACAACUGUUUAUCAUUAAAGGUACCAGUUCUGCCAAGCAGUUCUUUCUUCUUCAUCACACUGCUUUGGCAGAAGGGUUGGACUCAAUGGUCUCCGGAGGUCCCUUCCAACGCCAAUGAUUCUGUGAUUGUGUGAGGAGGGGCGCCUCAACAUGCUGGCCAUGUGGGGGGCUGCCAGGGGAGCCUCCAUGGCAACUGCCAGGACUUUGUGAUACACGCGGCAACCACACCCAAAAGGCAUUGUGACAUAGGGGUGUUCGGUGCCUUCAGGGGCCAGAGUCCCCGUGCUGCUCACUUUCAGGAGAGCAGCUCCGUGAGGAGGUAGCAGCUCCCCUGGGUGCCCGUAGCUUUGUCUCCGUGAGAGGAUACAGAGAUGCCCAAGGAGCAGGAGAAGAAGGCCCGCUCCCAGCCCAACAAAGGGCUGCUGAGCGUGCAGGAACGGUGCCAGGUGGGCCGCAGGCCGCAGCAAGCUGUGCAGCCAGGCAGCCGGAGCCGGGAUUUGUCCCUCCGUGAAUUCCAUCUGCCACCGCUACCCCACCUGGAGAGCGCACAAGCCUCUGGGAGCCGCCGUGCACAGGCGGACAGACCAGAGCUCAGGCAGGCAGUGCCCCGCAGCAGCCACUCUGGAGUAGGGAGACAGACUCUGCCAGCCUUGCCGCCUCUCCUACAGCAGGCAAUGCCACUGACAGCUGCACCCCAGAAUGCAGCCACUGCUCAAGGACAACUUCCCACAUUGUCCACACUGCCAGCAACAGCCUCCAGGAGUUCUCCAAGAGGCAGAGCAGGUGCUGUAGGAGCUACCAGUGGUGGACUGCCUGUCCUAUCUGUACAGGGCAACCCUCAACACCACGAUACGGCAGCGAGGGCUGAGGGCUGGCAGGCAGAUCUGUGUGUCCCUGCACCCCCGUUCGAGGCUGCAAAGAAAACGCCCAAGUCCCUGAGGUUGGCGUACCGCAGGCGUCCGAUAGCCACAAGUCCGGGACCCUGCCAGAAACCAGCAUGGCCUACGCAACGUGCACCCACCAGGACUGUGAGAACACCGGCACAAACAACCCAGGUGCCGGCCCCCAAGGCUGGGAAGCACCCCAAGGAUGAGACACGACCUGCUGCCAGUGCUCAGGAGGGCACCAGAGAUGCUGACAGGGUCUCUGCGUCACGUUCCCUGACAGCAGAGCAGGCAGCAGACGAUGGCGCCAAAGCUGCUGGCACUUCCCAGGCCAUGCUAGCUACCAAGGAUACUGAAGAAAGGCCACGGUCCGUCAAGAGGUGGGGCAUUUGCCUGCCCUGCUGUCUUUGCUGUUCUACUGGCAGUGUUCAGAUGGAUGAGCAGAAAGAGAGGAAAGGCACCGCUGAGAGAGACGCUGAGAGAGAC